CUUGAAACUAAUAGAAAUAUAAUAAUAUAAUAAAAAAAUAAAAACAGAGAGAUCGUCGAUCAGAUUUAGUUGAUUGAUCCAAAGAAUCAAAUGGAAUGAAAUGAACGUAGAGUGAGUGGAUUUCAGCAAUGAAAAGCGUCUUCUCGGCGCCCGGAGAUUACAUCUACUUCAAGUCCCAAGUCCCUCUUCACAGGAUCCCCAUCGGCACGAAGCAGUGGCGGUAUUAUGAUUUUGGUCCCAAAGUGGUUACUCCACUCAUAUGUCUUCCUGGAACUGCAGGGACAGCAGAUGUCUACUACAAACAAAUCAUGUGCUUGUCCAUGAAGGGUUACCGGGUCAUUUCUGUUGAUAUUCCCUGUGUUUGGAAUCAUCAAGAGUGGAUUCAAAGUUUUGAAAAGUUCUUGGAUGCCAUCGAUGUUCAUCAUAUACAUCUGUAUGGUACAUCCCUUGGAGGCUUCCUAGCACAACUUUUUGCUCAACAUCGUCCCAGACGGGUUAAAUCCUUAAUUCUAUCAAAUACAUUUUUGGAGACACGCAGUUUUGCAGCAGCAAUGCCUUGGGCACCUUUUGUCAGUUGGACCCCGUCUUUUUUGUUGAAACGAUACGUCUUAACAGGAAUCCGUGAUGGCCCUCAUGAACCUUUUAUUGCCGAUUCUGUGGACUUUGUUGUUUCGCAGGUCGAAACACUCUCAAGAGAUGAAUUAGCAUCCAGGUUGACUUUGACAGUUGACUCUGCUUCAGUAAAACCGCUACUACUUUCAGAUUCAUUUAUUACUAUAAUGGAUACGAACGACUACUCGGCAAUUCCUCAACAACUUAAAGAUCAGUUGAGUGAGAGGUACCCAGGUGCAAGGCGAGCUUAUCUCAAAACAGGAGGCGAUUUCCCCUUUCUUUCCCGCCCUGAUGAAGUUAACCUACAUCUUCAGCUGCACCUGAGACGGGUUGGAUUGGAAGCUCAGCCAGAGCUGGUUCAGAGCAUCCCAAAAGAUGGCACCGGUGGAGGCCCCAGCAAAGAAAAUGAUAAGGAGGAUCGUGAUGAUGAACAAAAAGAUAAUGGGGGAAAUCCCGAAAGCAAUUCUGACGAAAGCCAGCCGUCACCUUCGGCUCCGGAAAGUUCAGAAUCUCAUGGUCUAGAUGAACAGCUCCUCAGCAAUGCCGAAAUUCAUUACAUCGAUCAGAAAGAUUCAAUCAUUUUGAAGCCUUCUGCAAUGUCAAUGAAUCAACACAGUGCGGCUGCCGGAAUCCUCCUCCAAUCGACAUGGGAGUUCUUUAUUUUCUCUUUGCUGCCGUUAUAUGUGGAUUCAUUAUACAUUUAUUCUAAUAAUGCUUGGAAAUUGAGACAACUGGUGUAAAUAGAGCAUUGGUUAGCAGUUUCUGCUCGUUGUUUAUAUAAAUAUAAGCUCUGUUGCAAACAGUUUCUCCAUUGACAGUGUUGUAUCUAUUCAGUUAUUUUAAGUUCCUCAUUAUUGAAUUUUCAAA